CUGCUACCGGCUUGUGGCGCCGCACGCCGACCAUCGGGUCGCUCCCCGAUCCGAGUGCGGCCGGGCUGCCCAGUCCCGACGGGCAGCAAGGCCGGCUGAGUCCCGAGAGCAUUGCGUCUGGUGACGCCGGGGGCCGAAAUUUGUCGAAGGAGUCUUCCGUUGCGUCGGUGCCCGGAUUGAUAGCGGGGAUGCAGCAGCUACAACGCGACCUUGCGGGCACUUUAUGCCUUUUAAAAUGACACUGACCCUGCUCAACAGCACGCUCAUCUCCCUCAAAAAUUCGUUGGAAAAAUGCUCAUCUACUGGUACAUGAAAUUGAAAUAGUGCAUGCUUUCCAAGGACUUUCACUUUGCUUUUGCAUUUCAUCAUGCAUGACCACAAACUGAAUCUGAAACAGACAGUGAGGGGGGGAUAGCGAUAAGGUCGUGAUGAAGAUUUUAUUCACAAUCAUACUCCACUUCGGCAGACCCCAAUCAAGACGAAGCGAUGAUGACUUCGGAGCAGCGGCUUUUACAGCACCAACUGCUGCAGCAGCAGCAACAGCAGUACAUGCAGCAGUACCAUCAAAGCGACCAACCGCCGCAACCGAUGCAGCAGAACUUGACGUCUACCGUAAUCGACGGCGCGCCAGCACCAGCACCUAAUGGCCCUUCUGCUUUGGUGCCUCAGGCUGCAGUCUCUUUGCAACAACAGCAAUCGUUGCUGAUGAUGAACCCGUUAAUGCUGCGUCCAUCCGCUGUGCAGCAACAAGAUGACGACGACGACAAGCUCUCCGUGCACAGCCACCGCAGCGGGAAAAGCGCCUACUCCGCCUACAAGACGAGGUCCAGGGACAGCUUGCCGGCCUUGGCUGAAGCCAGUCCGUACGGCGGAGGCGCAACCCGAAACCGCCGGCCCGGCAGCGCCAGCAAAUCAACUACGACACGUAUCGCAUGUAGAAAUAAACCUAUAUGACACUUCCCUCGGUUUGUGAUUCGCCGACUUAUGUAUGACAGAUAAAGGAAAAGGACUGCCCUUGUUCUGGAACUGUUUCUUAGUAGAGGGUAUGCGCGAGGGCAGGGCCUGCUGAGCUAUUGCAUGCAUUCACUACAUCUACAUCUACUACACAAACCGAGCGUCGAUGCGGUUUCCAUUCCCAUACUUAGCACAACGCCGCCUCCCGACCUGCUGCUCCAGCAGCAGCAGGCGCAGAUCAGCGCGCAGCACCAGCAGCACCUACAACGCGGCCUUGCGCAGCUUGAACAGGACCACAGUCCCUACGGAGGACCCCAACACCAGCAGGACGCUGUGAUGCAGGACUUGCAAAACCAGCAAACGGCCCUGUCCGACCAGCAGCUGCUUCACAUGCAAACCCAAGGCCUCACCGCGGAACAAAUCCAGCAGUACCAAGCCCAUCUCGACGCGUCGCAACAGCGACUACAGCCGAGCCAAUUCAAUUCCGCACCGCCAGUUUUGUUUCACACCGAACCGCCGCGACGACACUACAGACCGCAGCACGGGGCACGGGGAGACGACGCGAGUUCCUUCGCGUCCGACGACUUUGACGCGUUGCGGAAUUCCGACUCGGUCGGGGAAGCUGGUGAUCCAACAGGGUCCUCUUCACCAUCGCCAGAACAAGGAGGUUUUGGUUUUGGUCCAGGACAACAACCACAAGCAUUCACCGGUCACCUCGUCCCGCCGCUGCAAUUAUCCGCGGCCAGGGGGACAGUCAUUGACAACUACACGGACGACCAGCGUGGUCCCCACGUCGACACAGCCAGAUCCUCUGCCGCGAGCUCCGGGUUCGCACCUUCGUCUGCCGGCGGGGGAGGAUUGGUGUCUGUGUCUCGUCGGGGCUCGCUGGCAGGAGUGGAGGGCACAAUGAUAGGACACGGCGAGGACGGGGCUCUGGCUCCAACCGCCCCGGGAGGUGGUGGACUAGUACCGCAGCCGCGGGCAAAAUCCUGGAAGGAGCUGCAUGUGGAAGCGAGGCCGGCUCCGGCACACAUCGUGGUGUUUGAUUGGGACGACACAUUGCUACCUACCUGGUACAUCGGCAACGUCGUGCUGCCCUGCGUCACCGGAUUGAAAUUCUGCAGCAUGGUACAAAUUGUAUAGCUUACGGACGAAGUAGAUGAAGAUGAAUAUUACAUAAUUCAAAUACUCACUUUAAGAUGAAUAUUACAUAAUUCAGUAGCGGCAAAGCUAUCUGUAGUGCUUUCCUGGUAGAACAGCCGCGCCACGCCGCUGAGCGGGAGACGGCCUGUCCAGUGAGUGAGUGCCCCGUCAACUGCUCGCCGGGGCGCUGCGUGGAAGAGCAGCGUCGCCGCAUGUCGAGCCGGGGAACUAGUUUGCUUUCGAUUGCCUUUUUAUUUUUUAAGUUCCCCGUCAUCUCAAUUCCCCCUUAACUUGCCGCCUUACUCUUCACGGACAUGGGGGAUGACAUCAGCGCGUAGAACGGUUUGAACCAGACUCGGGCUACAAGGCCACAGGUAAACUAUCCCAGUGUCUUCCGGCCGGCCUUGACGCAAUCUGACUACUAAAAACCUCGCGGUAGCUGGGGGGCGUUCUAGUCUUCGGUCUAGUUCGUCGCCCUCUACCAGGCCUGUACUACCUGAAAGCAGAACUUCGGCUAGGGCAACAAGAUCACAUCAAGCAGCAUCCGCGAGCAGCAUCCGAACCGAGAGUAGUCAGCCGGGCCAUUUCUGAAGGCGCUGCGAGGUGGGCGGAGAGGCAUCACGCUAGCAGUUGGACGGGAGCAAGGCCAGCGUUCUUCUGUGUGAUGUUCGUCGUAUACUGUCCUGCCUAGUUCAACUAUGUAGGUUAUCUCUCUCUCUCUCAAAUACUUUAAGAUUAAGUUUGUGUGGUGGACGAUUUUCAGCCCUGUUCUUCGUCUGGCAAUAGUUUUUCAAGGUUAAGAUUUUGGAUUUGGUCUUGAUUUUUAGAACUAUGCAUGGCCGAGAAGUAGUUGUGGAUGUAGUAAUUGCAAAUAGAACCUUUUUCAACAUCGAAACGUACAGAAUUCUGACUACAAACUGGACCCCACGGACGAUUUCUACGACGGUCUGAACGACCACGCACAGUUGAUCCUCACGAUUAUUCGCACCGCAUUGAACCUCACGCCGCACGUCUUCAUUGUUACACUCGGGAAGACGGGAUGGGUAGAACUACAAAGACGAUUUUUUUACUGUUUUUGCAUUAGAUUUCAAAAGGAAAAACUAAAACUCAUAUUCCAUGCAUUUUUUUCUCCAGCAUUGCCUUGCUUGCGUGUAAAUAAGUGUCAGGAUAGAACAAAAGCACGACGAGCUGCAACAGAAAAAACGUAGGCACUCUCACUUAUCAGGUUUCCCGUUCUGCCGCACAGCGGUUGCCUGGUUUCACCGAGACCACACUGACCGAAAUGGGUGUCAACGUGUACUACGCGCGCGAGUACUUGAGCCGGCGCGAGGCGAUGCUGUGCCAACAGGAGGAGGGGUGCGACCCGUUCAUGGUGGCGAAACGGAAUGCGUUCAAGAAGGUGAUGAAGGUGGUGGUAAAGAGUCAGGAGAAGUUAUGGAAGAAGGCACAUAAGGUAUGAAAUCCACAUCAAACCCAUUAUUCGUAUAGGCUUAAGCGACGAAUCCGAAUCGUAAAGACCCCCGCACCAGAAGUCACCAUGGCCUUGUUAUUCUAAACCUACUACUAGGUCUAGGAUCCGCAGCACAUCGGCCCGGAAAUUGUAGAUGUGCUAGCAUUGUGCGUGUGCAGCACAGUGUGAAUUUUAAUAAAGCAAUUAUCACAUCAGGACGCCGUCGGGUCCCAGCUGAUGCACCUUGAAGCGGCGAAAUUCGGGUCGUCUUCCAGUCAAGGCUCGCGUCUGUCCUCCGGCUCCACUGGUUCCAGUGCCAGCGGUAUCGAUUGCAAAUAUGUCUGGGUCUGGAAGAGUCAUGCUGUUCUUGCAUGGCACAGAAGGUCUGGCAUGGAAGCUCUAGCAUCACAGGUUUCGAGAAGCUUCGGCAAUGCCGAACCCGCAUGAGAAAUCCCCCACUUUGGUGACAGAAAGUGGCCAGCUUUUGCUACCUAAUAUGCAUGAGAGAUUUUUCUGCGUUCUAAAAUGCGCAUCAUAAGUUUGUAUUCUUGCAGACCCAGACGUAUUUGCAUUUGAUAAGCGGCGUUUCGUCCGCGUGCGGCACCGAGUUGGGCUGCGAGGUGUUUGGCACCGCUGUGGACUCGCCUAGAAACGUGCUUUGGCGGUAUCAACAGCAGGCUAUUGACGACCCGCACACCAGACUGCUGGUCCAAACCGGCCAGCCGCAGUUCAAAUUCCAGCGACGCAUCAGCAACGCAGCUGCGGCUAGUGCCAGGUCGAAAAAAUCCCGUCGCGGAGAACAAGUUGGUGGAGCAAGUGCUAGUGGACAUCAUGAUCCCGAAGUAGAUGAUGAGGCCGCCGAAGUAGAAGAUGAUAGCAUGCGUGGCACGAACACCACCCAGCAGAGUAUAAUGCAACGAAGCAACGAGCCAGAUUUUUCGCAUCGCGGCGGGCACGACAGGGUGGCCGAGAUGCUGCGGCACGGUUCGCGCGGGGACUCGUUCGCCUCGGUGACGCAGAUGUCGGACUCGGAGGCAGAUCCCAGUUCGCGGGGGGGCACAUUUAUUGGCCAUCUUCACCCGGCUUCGAUCCAGGAAAACGAAAGUUUGAACCGCCACAUGGACCGGCGCGACACCGUGUCCACGGAAAACUCGUACGCCGUGUCAGCCCGCGAUUCCUUCAUGUCCUACGGGUUGGGCACGAUUCGCAGCAGCCAAUCCGCCACCUCCUCCGCGUUGCAGCGGGGCUUGGGGCUCCCCGCCGGGUCGGAUGCGCCAAGCCAAACCGCCAGCUCUCUCAGUCGGUUUCUAGACAAGCAGGCUCACAUCGAAAUCGGGGGGAAGAAACAAGCGGGAGGUAGCCUGUUCGGAAAACCCAGCGAGGAGCCGCCGUCUCCCACGGGGCCGGCCCGCGUGGAAGUGGUGCACAAUGACGUCGGCCCGGAGGAGCCAGAUGCGGACGAAGCCUUCUUUGGAAACCUGUUGCCCCGAUAUGACAGUGCACAACUCGAAGAUGUCCCUGUCUUGUCAUUUGAAGUUGUGCAUCCGCAGCGACACAAGCCACGGCAGAGCAAAUAAUGGGUCUUCCGCAUGAAAAAUAAUGCGCACGGUAUUAUUCGGAUUGUGGUACUGUUUCACCUUGUUCGAAGAUUUCUCACGCAAUUAGAGGUGAAUUUGGUAUUUUGCAUUACAAAUGAGCAGCAGGGGCAGAGGGACGUCGACUACUUGCGCACUUUCAUACAACGGGCCUGCGCAAACAAGAACCGGCCCAAAGUUCUGCCUACCGGCAGCGGCAACAGGAAAGCAGCUCCAGUUCCUCUCUCCCUCGUAGUUCUACUGUGAGCGAGCCGAAGAAAACCGUGAAUUCGUUCACGUUGGGCAGCACGAGCGCUACGUUUGGCGAGGAUAUCGACCAGAUGACGGGCGGUGUGCGCGGAACAAACAUUUCAUCUGUCAUGAUACCUACGCCCCCUCCGCGAGCACCAGCUGCCAACAACAGGAAAAACGAAACUGCCACCGCCCUUGCUCCCCUCGCUGCCUCGCUCGCCGAGCGGUUGGCAUCUGCGGUACAGUGGGAAAAAGACCACUCCGGCCGGACCGUGACAGAGGACUUGCCCGGCGGGCUACAGGGCUAUACCUUCCCCGGUGGACCACCAGGUCAUCAACACGGGGGCGACUAUACCAAUGGGAGCAACAGCGAGCGUGGGUCGUUCGAUUCCUCUGACAGUUUUGCCCGGGCCAAUUUGGUGGACAAGGACAAAAUCCUUGCGAGUUUCGACUACAAGCUGCAGUCCCAUCACACCGUCGGAAGCAUCCUGUCCAUCGGCGACGGCCCCGCGGAGCGGGUCGCUUGUCAGGAUGUCGUUUGGUGCAUCGCUGGCUCCACGACCUUGCAGGACAGCGGCCAGGAUCUGUGUAACGAGGUCGGGAUGAUUGCGGGCGAAGAAGGUGGAGAGCAGAAUGGAGAGCUGGAGGAACAGCAAAACGGGAUGAAAAAGAAGAAAAAGAUAUCAUUUGUAAAAACGUCCCUACCCUAGAGUUGUAAUGCAAAUCUGCAUGCUGAAAAUGUUUCUCAUGCGGAGACCCAUGAGAAGCAGUCUCUCGUCGUGGUGUGGGAUUUGUGAUGCUAGAAUCAGCAUGAUAUGCUAGAACUGUGAUGCUGCUGAACAAGCUAAACGGGAUUACACCGCGAGGCCAAACUUGUCAUGCGCAACAGCAAAAGCUGACAGAUUUGUCUAGCAGAUUUCCCAGCUUGACUCUGGUGUGGGGACGUUUUUACUCAGGAUAAAAGAAGAACGAGCUGCGGUGCAAAACCAUCAAAUUUGAGGAGGAACCGAACCUGGAGGUGCUCGGCGAACAGUUAAAACAAACCACGGAGUAUCUGCCCAGUUUUAUCACGUACGAAGGCGACUUCCACUUCGAUCACGACGCUUCGAGUCGCGGCAGCACGUCGCAAGCGGGCAGCCGGCCGGCGACCCCGGACCACGCGGGACAACGGGAGGAUGGGGUGUUGGAGCCCGCUGCGGCCACCAACCGCAACCCCGCGGCAGAGUUGGAACGGCAGUGGCGCACAUCCCACCGCCGGGCCAAAGUCGCCGGGAUGCUGGCGUAGGGAAGACCUGAGGUGGUCGUUUGGGGAAGAGAGUAAAAGCUGGAGAAUGCGAAAGCUAUGCAAGUCGAUUGAAAUACUAGUACUAGUACUACAUUUUGGGAAGGCGGUAGAAAAAAAUCUAAACCUGUACUACAACCACCAAAAAGUGAGGCUACAAGCUGUACUAUUUUUGUACACGACAAAACGCCGCAGCUGCAUAGCAGUACGACCCCAUAUUGUACUAGAUGUAGAUGUAGUUGUUGCCACAUGAUAGAUAUUGAUCAAAUGAUUUACAGCGGACUUUAGCUGAAAUACUGAAGGGUUUGUUCAGGGUUACAGCGCAAAAAACAUCCUUCAUUUAACACAGCAAAACAAUUUAUAAAUGCAUAGAAUCAAUCUCAAUGCGAAAGGAGCGCACAGUUAUUUUCUCGACAUAUGAUACAAAAUUUUUUUUAUCCGGUCGAAAACACGUGAAUAAUAAUAAACAAGGAGCCUCCCGCCUACAAAAUUCGAAAUAGAAAGCCCUACAAUACUACACCCUCAGAGAAAAAAAAACCCUAGAGGUUCUUGCUUGUAGAGAAAUUCUUGCAAGAGGAAUUUCUUUGCCGGCAGUCGGACAGGACCACGGGGUUAAAGAACGAAAACGAAAAUCAACAUUAGUUCCUCAGGAACAAGGGGCACGAAUUUUGCAUGGGAGAGUGGAAGACGUAGACGGUGAUGAAGAAUGCCACGAUAUCUCAAGGGUCUCUGCAUGUUGAGCGACCUAUUGCUCUAUCAAUCUCUAUCUCUAUUUGCUUCUGCUUCUAAAAAAUCCAAACCUAGAUGAUGUGCUUACAGUGUAGUGACCUUUUGCUUGUAAAUACGAAAACAAGAGACCAAAGAACAGGAUAAAAAUUUAUCUUUUUUUUUGCGCGAUAUGUUAACUUAAAUCAAUGCAAAUAAUAAUGUCUUCGAUCCGGUGUUUUCAAAAUAGAGGCAGUUUUUGCAGUAGGUAACUUCUGAAGAGGACAGUAGAGGCAGUACUAGGUUCUCCUUUGUUCCGCAGCUCAGGACAAAUUUCUUUGCUGUGAAGCAUGGGGAACGAGUUUUACUGUUUUUUGUGUCGUCUUCUUUUCUAACGAUAGUGAUCGAACGAAGUCGAAGAAAAAAAUGGCAGACCUACUAUUAGGAUCGCGCUCAAUGAUAUCAUUUCCAUUGCCACUGAGAUCUCGCCGUGAGGAGUUGCUCGGGCUGUGUUAGCCUGACAAGCCUCCGCGAAAUCGUGGAUUGGCCUUGAUUUUUCGAAAGUCUUUGGAUCACCCUCACUGGAAAGUAGCACUCAGAGUGCCAGGACAAACGUUACGCUCGGGGCGGCCCCUCUGACAGCAAUAGAAGACAAACAAAACAAGACAACAUCUUCUAGAAGUACUCAAAAGUGUAGGCAAAAAAAAAACAAAGCGUAUGACAACCGAAGGAGUUUUAUUGCAAUCGGAAAUCUAUCCGCUUCCGCGCAAAAAGUCUUUACUUUUUUCAACCAGAACGUCAUUAGUUGAUUUGCAGUCGCAAACACCACGACCCAUAAUCACCAAAAUAGGCGGCGUUGCACGAAAGAGGUUGAAAUUACAAAGUUUAGAGAGUACUAUCGCAUAUACAGGAUCAGGUGGAUAGAAAGGCCACAGAAGUACUAGUCGGAGGCUCCGGCUAGUGCAUUGUGUUAGAAUUGUGAAGGAGAAACGUCUGAUGUAGUAAGAGGGAUAAAGGAAGAAAUACGGAAAAAAUAUGUAUGCAGAAAAUCGUGGUAGUGCAGCCUAUUCCUACGAAAUUGAAAAGUAGAUUAAGAUGGCCUUUGCUUCGCUUACUCUCGACACAGCAUUAUUUGCUGCUCCUUUGCUACAAGUGUAGCUGGUAGCUUUUUUUUUCUUUUGUGUGAAGAGACAAACUAUGAUUGAAUCUACAGAAAUUUGUUCAGUCCAACAGGUGUAGCUCUGUGUAUCAUGGACCACGGACGUAGAGGUAUCGCUCUUUUGCUUUUGGUAUUUAUAAUUUGUCUUUCUUGUUUUGGUAAUCCGAACUCACCAACUGCACCUCCAACUUGUAUGCCUUUGGGUCUUCUCCAUUGCAGAAGAUCCUUGCCGUACUUACAACGAGGAGGAAGAACUUAAAACGAGAAGGCCUCAGUGAGUUGUUUUUGCUUCAUUAUUGUUAAACAGACCAAGCUAUUGACUCACUGCCACAUAUGAUGAAAUAACGACAGAAUUAUAAAUUAUUUGGAACUGUUUUCCCUGCAGCGGUCGUGAUAAAACUUAGAAAUACAGAUUGAAAAAUAGCGAUCUCUACUUUCUGGGCCCAGCCCCAGGCUCGCACGAGGCACCGUAGUGAAUAAGUACAUCAUUUGGGUUUCUACUUGAUUUGGGGCAGAAGUUGCUGCUGAAUAUUAACGAUUACAAUUGAUUUUGGACAUAAUGAUCAGACAUUACAACAGCGCCGUACAAGCGCACUUAGCUAAUAUCGAGACACUGGUCGUCUGCUUUUCUUGGUGAGGACAUUUUCUGUCCAUUUCCAGCAGAUGGAGAUCACUCCGUUUGAGGAGAUAUCAUGCAGGGGAGGAAGCAAGUUGUGCCUAGUUCGCUCGUGGUGCUUCCUUUUGAAUCAGAACCUUUUCUAUGUUGAUGCAAGGAAGCACUCAGCAGGACGACGAUGCAACUCACUCACAGGGUGAAAGGCGUGCUGGAAGUGGUAACAUCACUUCUACCGGAAAGAACUGAUAAUCAAAGAUGGACUCUGCGAAAGUUGUUUGCCAUUUACUUCUAGUUCUGCCUCGGCGCUAUUAACGAGUGGAGCAAAAUGAAAAUCGCAGACCAUGAUAAUGAAUUUCAGAGAAUAAAGACAAGGAUGACUAGUUUGAUGAAGAAGGAAUUUGAUAGAGACAUUUCAGGACGAUCGACCAAAAGUUCGCGUCUAGAACUUAAUAGGAAAUUCUGAAAAAAUAAUAAAGCCGCGCACGAGGAGAUCAGUACAAAUAGCAACGGUAUUGAUGCCGGGGGACAAAAACUUUACUCGUCUGCACAUUGUACUAAGUAACGCUGGCGGUUCGCUGUUAUGCCCGGGCUUCCUAGUGGUGGUGGGCUUGGGGGUGAAGAUCGUACUACCACAUUUUUGACGCAUUGUCAUUCUUGACGGCACAGGUUCACAACAAGGACUAGCACUAGCACAGGUUUUUGUAGUUUGUGGUAGUUUCUGACAGGAGGAUCUUCAUCACUAUCGUGAACUCAAGCCUGCCAAAUCCCGUUUCGAGACCCCCAAGCAAGAACAAGAGACGAAGGGCCCGAAGCACGACAGGAUUUCACAACGCGUGGUGCGGCGUUCUUCUUAAUAUGUGCCGUCGACGAUGAAUCGACAUAGAAGAUAAAAAGUUAGUUUAGUUUUUUGUCUCGUAGUUCUUUGUGCUUCUCUCGCGUCUGGCACAGAUUGAAAGUAGCAAAUCGCUUGGAAAAAUGUCGAACAGCUAGAGCAUCCGUUCUAUGCUUGUUUUGACAAAAUUGCUUUUUUAGCUCAUCUUUCGCUGCCAUGGUCCGUCCUCACGUUUUUCUACUUUGAGUCUGGAACAACAGCACGUGUGUGUUAUAUCGAUCAUUGAAAAAAGAAAGGUUUAUUGUUCUUUGUUGUAGGAAAAAAUCUUUAGUUUCUUCUUCUGGGCUGCAUGUGCGCGUUUUGUUUUCAGAUUGUCUACAACGUGCAUGCUGGUCGUCUUGUUCCCGUUCACUAAUACUAGCGUCUGGCCUUGGUUCUUCUUUUCUUUACUUUUUUGUUCGCAACAACGAAUAGCGAGCACGACGAGAAAUCUGCGGCACCUCUGCAAUACCGCCAGGAAUAUCGGCUUCGGUGCCUGUAGCUAGUACUUAUAUGACGAACGUAGUGCAACAUGAAAACUGGUGCAUCAGGCUAGUUGUAGCAAAAUUUUUGUGAGGGCUGCCCUGUCCUCCGCAACAGUGGCGAAUGAACAUCGAAGCUUUUGCUCCUGAUUCUUGUGGCUGCUAAAUUGAGGCGAAGAAAAGUUGUGCGCAAUACAACCACAGAAUAAAAAUCAGAAAAAAUAAAGCGAGCUCAAGCUCUCUACUCUCGCUAU